CAGGGUGCAGAGUCCUGGCUGCAAGCGAAGCAUGGUUUUGCUGGCGCUCGUGGUGUGCCUGGUGCUGGGAUGGAGCCCGGCCCUGGCCCUGGAAGGAGGGAUGCUCUAUCCUCGGGAAUCGCCCUCCAGGGAGCUGAAGGACCUCAGCGGCCUCUGGAGCUUCCGAGCCGACCGGUCCGAGCGAAGGGAUGCGGGCUUUGUGCAGCGGUGGUAUGAGCAGCCGCUCCGGCAGUCUGGCCCGGUGAUUGACAUGCCGGUCCCUGCCAGCUUCAACGAGAUCACUCAGGAUCCCAAUCUGCGAACGUAUGUCGGCUGGGUUUGGUACGAGAAGGAGGUGAUCCUGCCCGCCCGCUGGCUCCAGAAGGAGGCUCGGACACGUGUGGUGCUUCGGAUCGGGAGCGCUCACUACUACUCGAUCGUCUGGGUCAACGGGGUACAGGUGACCGAACAUGAGGGUGGCCACCUCCCCUUUGAAGUGGAGAUCGGCAGCCUCCUCCAGCCCGCCCAGCUGUGCCGCAUCACCGUCGCUGUCAACAAUACCCUGACGCCUCACACGCUGCCUCCGGGGACUAUUCAGUAUUUCAAAGAUGAGUCCAUGUAUCCCAAAGGUUAUUUUGUUCAAAAAACAAGCUUCGAUUUCUUUAACUACGCUGGGAUUCACCGCCCCGUCAUCCUGUAUACAACACCUUCGGCCUACAUCGAUGACAUCACCGUGACCACAGACUUGGCAGAAAACGUUGGUUUGGUACAGUAUUUGAUCUCGGUACGGGGAAGCUCUCGCUAUUCCCUGACUCUAACUUUGCAAGAUAGAGAAGGAGUGGUGGUGGCUACUGGAAACGCGUCAGCAGGAGGAAUGAAAGUGCUGGAUCCCAACCUGUGGUGGCCCUAUUUGAUGAACGAACAACCCGGGUACCUUUACUACUUAGAGGUUACAUUAUCUGCCUUUGUGGAUGGAGAGGUUUUGGAAGACAAAUACACACAGCCAGUCGGCUUCCGUACCGUGCAGGUCACCAGCACCCAGUUCCUCAUCAACGGGAAGCCUUUUUACUUCCACGGGGUCAACAAACACGAAGAUGCUGACAUUCGUGGCAAAGGACUGGACUGGUCCCUGAUUAUGAAGGACUUCAACCUUUUGCGCUGGCUGGGUGCCAACGCUUUUCGCACAAGCCACUACCCUUACGCUGAGGAGAUCAUGGAACUUUGCGAUGCUUACGGCAUCGUGGUAAUUGACGAGUGUCCCGGAGUGGGCAUGAAAGACAGCAUCAACUUUGGAGACAAAUCUCUCCAGCAUCACCUUAUUGUGAUGGAGGAACUUAUCCGCCGGGACAAAAACCACCCCUCGGUCGUCAUGUGGUCGGUGGCCAACGAACCGGCUUCAGAGCUCGCCCCAGCCGCUUAUUACUUUAAGACUGUAAUCGCUCACACCAAAGCCUUGGACCCGACCCGGCCCGUCACGUUCAUCUCAAAUGCCAAUUAUGCUCGUGAUCAAGGGGCACCUUAUGUGGACGUUAUCUGCGUGAACAGCUACUUCUCUUGGUACCACGACCCUGGGCACCUGGAAGUCAUUCAACGGCAACUCACUUCGCAAUUUGAGAACUGGUACAAAACUCAUCAGAAACCCAUCAUCCAGAGUGAAUACGGAGCAGACGCCAUCGCUGGCAUACACAGCGACCCUCCCCUUAUGUUCACAGAGGAAUACCAAGCAGCCGUACUGAAAGAAUAUCACACCAUCUUCGACCAAAAGAGAAAGGAGUACGUCAUUGGGGAACUCAUCUGGAAUUUUGCUGAUUUUAUGACCGAACAAGGAACAACACGCGUUUUGGGGAACAAGAAAGGGAUUUUUACCCGGCAACGGCAACCCAAAUCAGCUGCCUUUCUUCUUAGAGAAAGGUACUGGAAGCUUGCAAAUGAAACUGGACUUCUUAUGUUCAAACAGGACAACGUCUGUCUUCCUCAGCCCCAGGCCUUUAAAUGUUCUUAAGACAUUCACAUUUGGACAGAGCUGGGAAUUCUUCUUGGUUCUGGAAUAGUUUGCCAUAGAAAAUUAUGCACACGGAACGCCUGCGGUAAACUGAAGCUGCAGAGGGAGAAUGCUGAGCCCCGCAGAGUUAGCGAGGAGCCGAAUCCUUGGAUUCCCAAUUCCACAUUUCAACUUCAAGGAGGCCAAGAAACGUACAUUCAUUAGUGUCGACCCACACCCAAACUGCCACAGAAAACCUGCUCAGCCAUGUUAAAUGACUCAGUUGGAUCCUUGAUUACAUUUAAUACAUUCACCUAUGAUUUGUAUUUAGGUUAAAAGAGUAGCCUGGAAUCUGUUUCUGAAAAAGGGAUAUUUGCAAGGUAAAUCAAAUGAUUUAUGUAUGGCCACAUGCUGGCCAUAAUGUUACAAUCCUAACCAAUGUCUGUCUACACCUAUUAAUUAUAUCAUUUAUACAGGC